AUGGAUUAAUCUCAAAAUUUGUCUUCAAAGACGCUUUUAGAGAGCAAGGAAGCUAAGUAAAAUCCAAAAGACCCUUUCUCAAAAAUAAAUUUCUUUUCAAGAAUAUUGUUCUUUUGGGUGUUUUCAUUGAUAAAAAAUGCUCAAAAAAGGAGCUUAGAACAAGAAGAUAUAUUCUAGCUGAAUAAAAAAGAUUAAAGCUAAUAUAAUUUUGAGAAAUUUGAUAAAAUUUAUGAAGAGCUUAUUAACAAUCCUAAAGUUAAAAACAAAAUAAAGACUACUUUUUACCGAAUUUAUAAAAAGGAAAUUAUUAUUUCAGCUAUCUUGUAUUUCUUGUAUCUGAUGAGUAAUGUGUUUAAAAUGAUGUCCUUUUAAUUGAUCUUAGAUGCAUUUGAUGAUCCUUUACGUGGUAAAAGUUUUUCUCCAAUGAUUUUUGGAAUGGUCUUGCUUGCUAGUUCAUUUAUUUUAUAAUCUAUAAUUUAUUCUAACUAUAAAUUCUAUUAUAGUUAGUUGACUGUAAGAAUGACAGGUGCUCUUAGUAUAAAGAUCUUUAAAAAAACUUUUUGUUUUGCUAUGUAAAGAAACUAAUUGUAUAAAGUUGGAGAUAUCUUAAAUAUGAUUUAAGUUGAUAUUUUACAAAUAGUUUCUUAUGUUUAAAGCGUUUUUACUUUAGCCUUCUCUUUUUUGCUCAUAUUAGUGUCUUUCUAUUUAUGCUAUAAAUAAUUAAAUAAUGUUAAAAUCAUACUUGUGAUGGCUGUAUGUGUUUUAAUUGCCUCUACUAUUUCUUUAGUUUUCGGUAAAUGGUAUGGAAAUAUCUAAAAAAAAUUCAUGCACUAAAAAGAUCUUCGUAUGAGAUCUCUUGAAGAAAUGAUGAGAGGAAUUAAAACCAUUAAGUAUAACUGUCUAGAAUCCUUUUUUGAUGAAAGAAUCAUGCAUAAAAGAGAAAAAGAAAUCAAAGAACUAAAGCUGUAAAAUGUUCUAAGUAGUUUAAAUGAAUUUAUCUCUAAUUUUUCAUGUACAGUUGCAAUAUUUAUUGUUACACUUAUAUUUGGUAUAAGUUCUUUGUCAUAAUUUUUAAUGAUCAAUAGCUCAUAUAACAUCAUAUUAAAUUUUCUUAUCUCUGUUCCUAGUUCUAUACAGGGUAUUGUUGUAGGCUCUAAUUCUAUGAAGAGAAUUGAUAUUUUCUUAACAGAGAGUUUUGUUUAUUAAUAAUGUAUAAAUAGCAAUGAUUAACAAAAUGCAAUUUCUUUAAUUAAUUCAAAUUUUUCUUGGAAGAACUCUCUUGAUAUCAAUUAAAUUGAAGAGUCUGUUUAAUUAUCCAAAAGAGAAAGAUAAUCAUUUAGUUAGUAAUCCUAAUCUAAUUUAUUUGAAAUAAAAAAUUUAAGUUUAACCAUAAAGAAAGGAGAAUAUGUUGUUUUUUAUGGGGAUUUAGGAAGUGGAAAGACUUCUAUCCUUCAAGGCAUAUUAGGAGAAAUGGAAGUAAAUGGAGGAUAAAUUAUGUAUGAAUAAAUGGUUUAAAUUAAUGGAUAAAUCAGUAUCUGUUCAUAAGAACCUUGGAUAAUUUAAGAUACUGUAAAAGAAAACAUUGUCUUUGGUUAAAUUUUUGACAAAGACAGAUAUAAACAAGUUUUAAAAGUAUGCAGUUUAGAGGAAGAUAUUUCUUAUUUUAUUGAUGGAGAUCAAACAAACAUAGGAGAAAAAGGAGAUACACUUUCUGGAGGAUAAAGGAAAAGAGUAAAUUUAGCAAGAUCAAUCUAUAAGGAAGCAGAUAUUUACUUUUUAGAUGAUCCUCUUAGUGCUCUUGAUAUUGGAGUAUCUACUUAGAUAGCUAAAGAGUGCUUUGAGGGAAUGUUAAAAGAUAAGACAAGAGUAAUUUUUACAAACAGCUUAACUGGAAUGAAUAAAGCAGAUAGGAUAUUUGUAGUAAAAAAUGGCUAGAUUGUGAACGAAGGAAAUUACAAUUAAAUUAAAAAAAUAAUUGCCUAAGCAAAUAAUAAUAGUUAGUAUGAUCUUGAGUAAGACAUGCAUGAUGAGGAAAAGGAGAGAGCAUAAUCUAUAAAAAUUCUUAAAAGCCAAAGAAAAGAAUAAAAUAAUGAGAAUAAUUACACAAAAAAAUUAAUUUAAUCAGAAGAUAUAUAACAGGGAAAUUUUAAAUUAGAAAUCCUUAAAGAGUUUUUUAAAAGUGUUGGAGGAACUCCAUUUAUAAUAAUUAGCAUCAUAUUAAUAGCUGCUUACACAGUUGCAGGUGUGUUUUCUAAAUUAAUAUAAUUAGAUGUGUCUAAAGAUGCUCCUAAAGAUUAAUAAUUUAAAGUCAUGAUGGGGUACUGUGCUUUGAACGCUUUAUGCCUUUUAUUGGUAAUGGCUUUUGAGCUUUAUAUUGUAAUUAAAAUGGCAAAUCUCUCAAAGUAAUUACAUAAAUCCAUCGUUUUUGAAUUGCUCAGAGCUUCCUUUACAAAAUUUUAUAACUUGAUUACAUCAGGAAGAAUUAUGAAUCGCCUUUCUAAGGAUAUUUAUCAAGUAGAUAUGUAGGUUACUUAGGAUAUGUCUAGUAAUUAUUACAAUAUUGGAGGUUUAUUUUUUUCUAUAAUUACAACAUUUAUCAUUUGUAAUAUAUCUACCAUUCCCAUUGGUAUUUGCUACAUCUUCCUAGCUGUUUUUAUUGCAUUUAUAUUCUUAAAAGCAAAAAGAUAGUUAGCUAGAAUAGAGGCUACUUCUAAAAGUCCAAUUUUGCAAUACUUUUCAGAAAUAAUAAGAGGUAUAUUUUAUGUUCGCUAUUGCGUUUGCUACUAAAAAAUGAAAAAUACUUUCCAAGAAUAUGUUGAUAUAGAUUUGAGAAAUCAAAUAGCUCUUAAUGGAGUUGAAUUUUGGUUUGAAUGUAUUUCAAAUUUUUUAAACAUGUUCCCAGUUUUAAUAAGUGUAGCAAUUGUGUAUUAUGACAUGUCUGUUUCAGCAAAUAACGCUGUGUUAAUGGCUGUGUAAGUAUCAGGAAUAGCUAUCAGCUUAGUUUAUUUUACUAAAUCAUGGAUAUCUUAUGAAACUCAUUUAGUAAAUUAUGAAAGAUGCCUUAAAUUAAAAGAGAGUAUUAUUCCUGAAGAUUACGAGUUAUAAAUUUAAACAAUAAAUUCUUAAAUUUAAUAAAAUAAUUAAUCUAAUAAUUCUAACUAUAAACAACCUGAUAUAGAAUCAAACUAAAGAAGUUACAAUAGCUAGUUUGAAUCUGAAUAUGACUGCUUUUAUUAGCAAUAAAUAGUUUUCAAAAAUGCUUCUUUUUAAUAUAGGGAAGACCUCCCUAAUUGUUUAUAGAAUCUCAGUAUAAAAUUUUCGGGUAAUGAAAAAAUUGGUGUAGUAGGAAGAACAGGAGCAGGAAAAACAUCAAUAACUCUAGCUCUAACUAAAGUACUAGAUCUUGUUGAAGGAGAUGUACUAAUUAAUGGAAAAAGCAUUUCUGAGUAUCCUCUAAAAAAUCUAAGAAAAAGUAUAAUAAGUGUUGUAAGUUAAGAACCUUAUAUUUAUGAAGGAAGUCUUAAAUAAAACCUUGAUCCGUAUAAUUAAUACACAGAAAACUAGAUUAUAGAUGCAUUUAAGAAAUGUGGAUUUAGUACUUUUCGUUCUUUUAAAGAUGGACUUAAAACCUAAAUUAGUUAACUGGGUGAUAACUUAUCAGAAGGUGAAAAGCAGUUAAUCAGCAUAUGCCGCAUAAUCUUGAAAAAAUCUAAGAUAAUAAUUGUCGACGAACCAACUAGUCAUAUCGACGCAUCUAUGGAAGAUCAUGUCACAAAAGUUCUAAAUGACUGUUUUUAAGAUUGCUUAAUGAUUACGAUAGCCCACAAAAUAAAAACCAUUAUGAAUAGCGACAAAAUACUUGUUUUAGACCAUGGUUAAGUAAAAGAAUUUGAUAGUCCUUAAACUCUGCUUUAAAAUAAAUAAUCUUUAUUUUCUGGAAUACUGAAUAAGAUUAAUUAAAAUGGAAUCAAUUGA